CAAUCUGUGGUAAAUAACUUCAAUGGAAGCAAUAGGAAAGCAACAGGUGAGAAAACUAAGGAACGCGAUUCGAAAACUGACAGCCCAGUAGCAGCGUUUCGAAAAAAUGUACUCACUGGAGAUCCCAAAAAGACUAUGAGCAACGACUGUUUGGAGAGAAAUAGUAAAGCUGGCAUUGAACUGAAUCCGGAAGCGAGCGCCUCUGGAUCGGCGUUUAAGAAAAAUAGAGCGAGUGCACAAGCCAAAAAGGCAGAGGGAAAUGCUGUUGUUGGGAGAAACAUAAAAGACACAAUUAAAGAGCUUAACCAGGGACCAAGAACCUCGGCGGCUACGCGUAAGAAAGACGAAAUAAAUAAGAACUCCCAAACUAAACUAGCAAUGAAAGUUGUAAAAAUUAAAAAGACUGGCGCUGAAAGGGCUAAAGAAUCAGAUCCAAAAGCAGCUACCUGCGGUACACCGUAUGCACAACCCUUGGUCACCGAGAAAGGCAAAAAGCCCGGGGUAACUGAAACUACUGCGGAAACGAAAAACCAGCCCAGUUGGGCCACAAAUAAUAAGUCCAAGGACUCUAAGAAGGACACAACCCAUACGCCAGUGAAUCUACCAAACAAAAGCCUUAAGAAGAAAACUAAAAAACUGAUCGCCAGUCUUGAUCCAGACUCAUUAACCUCCACAGAAAAUGACAUUACAUUGAAAACAUUAUCUAAGACAAAUAAGAACACAAUUGGUGAAGAUGUUUUUCAUCAAGGACUGGAUAAUUUUAGCUCCUUUUCAGUGGCCACAAAUUAUAUUGAAACAGAACCAAAAGUGACCUUUUUAGAAUGUGAUAAAAACAGCUUUGAUAAUAGCGACGAGCUAUCUUCCUGGAAUGCUCACAUGGCCGAUAUGGAGUUAUUCCAUUUCGAAAGUCAAAUGAAAGAUUGCGCCCAAAAAAUGCAAAUUUCGGAAAAUCAAGCUUCUUCCAUAUUAGACGACGAUAAUGGAGAAUUUAGCGAAGAAUUCCGCUUCUAUCUGAAACAAUCAAGCAAAGCUGUUAGACAUCCUAGUCCCACCGAACUUAGUUGUAAGUUAGCAAAACCAAUGUCAGAGGAAAUCGUAAAAGAACUUGAUGUUGACACCCUGCUAGAAAGUUCUAAGGAGAAUACUAAAAAUUCGAAUGAAGAUAAAAUCUCGUUAUAUUUUGAUGAUAUUUUAGACGAAGAAAUUGGAUGUACCUCAAUUUUCGAUGAUAUCUUUGACAAUGAAAAACAAGCUGAAUUGCAAAGAGAUGAUGGUUUUAAAUUCUCAGAUUCGCCAAAUCAAGGGAAAAUAAAAAGUUGGUUUGAAGAAGUUGCCAGAGAAGAAAAGGAAGCAACUGACAAGCUGAAGACUUUGAAGAUGACAGAAAAAUCGACAGACAAUGAAAUAAAAGAACCCAUUCUUAAAAAAAAUAAGCGAAAAAUUUCCCCUAACAGCGGAGGUGAUAGUUCUUCAAGAGGCACUUCUAUUUUAGAUGAUAUAUAUGACAAAGAGAAUAAUCCAUUUACUUCAGACACAAUGGAGACAGAGACUGAAAAUGUAUUUUUAGAUAAUAUUCCUAAAGAUAAUGUCUGUGAUAUCUCCGAAAUAGGUAUUAUGUUGUCUGAGCAGGAAGCUCAAGACAGGAGACACUAUGAACAACAUUUUUCAAAGUUAAGCCAAAAUAAAAUAGAAGAGAGCUACGGCGAUUCAUCAAAAUGUGUAAAUGACAUAGCAGAGGAAUAUUCAUGUGUGGAAGAAUCAGCCGAUGCUGUUUUUCGCAAAACAUUUAAUGAGACAGAAGAAGAACCCACAGAAAAUAUAUCCGAUGCUUUGCAUGAUGAGAUAGUUCUCGACAACUUUGUACAUGAAAAGGAUACGGAUUUAGAUCGUCCAAAGAAUGUUGUUCCCGAAAUAUUAACUGUGGAAGAGAAACUUAAUCAAAAAUUAUUGAGCUCGCAGAUGGAAGUUACAGUCGAAGUGGACAGAUCAAUAAAUAGAUAUGAUGAAAAUACUAAUGAUAAAAGAGCGGGCACAUUUGAUGCUUUAUCUAAAAUGAAUACUAAGGAAGAAACAUUACAAAGCAAAGAACAUGAAGAUAAAGUGGAUUCUGUUUUGAAGGACAUUUUAGAUGAGAAAAAUAAUGUUUUAAUAGAGCGCUAUCCAGAUGACACUUUAGAAUCGACGACUGAAUCACUUAUCCCAAGCUCAAAAAAUGCUGGAAUAGCAAAAGACGACACUGAUUUUGACAAAUCAUUUAGCAUAAACGAUAAAACGCAUGGCUAUAAUAAUAAAUAUUUCACAGAUACAGAAACCCUAAAUGAACAACCAUGCUGCUGGGAUGAAAUCAAUUUAGAUUCUAUUUCUACCUAUAUUCCAGAAGAGGGAGAAGAAGAAAGCCCUAUUUCGGACCACUUCUUCGAAGAAGACGACCCAAAACAAGAUGAUGUAUCAACUGGACACAAUAAUAAAGAUGGCAACCAGGACACGAGAAUGGAAGCAACUAUGCCAAGAUUAUUCCAAGCUAGAACAAAAAAAUAUAACAUUAAUUCUGAUAACGCCGAUGUAAUUUCCUAUAAUAUUUUAGAAAAGGAAAGCGAUGAAAGCCCAAUUGUGGAGAAUAGGUUUGUACACCCAGAAGAAUGUCAUUAUCAAGAUGACGAAACUUCUGGAACAGAACAAGAUUACAUUGAUUUGGAAAACUCAUGCAGCCUAAGCGACACAACUUCUGAAAAUAAUAUCACAGAUAUUGAAGAAUUUGAUGAUUCCAGUAAUAUGGAAACAGAAAACCCAGAAGAAAAAAAAUUAAGUUUGGAUGAAGUUAAUUUAGAUGUGGACAGAGCGGACGAUUUUAUUUCCAGUGAUAUGUUAAAAACUCGAAACGAAGAAAGAGCCAUUUUGGAAAGCUACUUUAAUGAUGAACAGCCCAUAAGCAAUGAUAAUUAUACCAAAUACCAUAAUCAAUAUGACAGUCAAGAUGUGCGAAUUAAAGCAGUAACCCCACAAUUAAAACAUAUUGAGGUAGCAUUAGGUAGCAUUAAUUUAAACAGCUCCUCGAACGGUAAUGAGAAAAUUUUUGAUGCUGCUUACUCAGUAGAAUGUCAAGAGGAUGAUACUUCUGGAACAGAACAAGAUUACAUUGAUUUGGAAAACUCAUGCAGCCUAAGCGAUACAACUUCUGAAAAAAAUAGCACAGAUUUUGAAGAAUGUGAUGAUGCUCGUAGAACGGAAACAGAAAACCUAGAAGAAAAAAAGUUAAGUUUGGAUGAAGUUAAUUUAGAUGUGGACAGAGCGGACGAUUUUAUUUCCAAUGAUAUUUUAGAAGCUCGAAAAGAAGAAAGAGCCAUUUUGGAAAGCUACUUUAAUGAUGAACAGCCCAUAAGCAAUGAUAAUUCUACCCAAUACUAUAAUCAAUAUGACAGUCAAGAAGUGCGAAUUAGAGCAGUAACCCCACAAUUAAAACAUAUUGAGGUAGCAUUAGGUAACAUUAAUUUAAACAGCUCCUCGAACGAUAAUGAUAAAAUUUUUGAUGCUGCACACUCAGCAGAAUGUCCAGAUGACGAAACUUCUGGAACAGAACAAGAUUACAUUGAUUUGGAAAACUCAUGCAGCCUAAGCGAUACAACUUCUGAAAAUAAUAGCACAGAUUUUGAAAAAUUUUAUGAUACUGGCUGUAUUAAAACAGAAAUCCCAGAAGAAAAAAAAUUAAGUUUGGAUGAAGUUAAUUUAGAUGUGGAUAGAGCGGACGAUUUUAUUUCCAAUGAUAUGUUAAAAACUCGAAACGAAGAAAGAGCCAUUUUGGAAAGCUACUUUAAUGAUGAACAGCCCAUAAGCAAUGAUAAUUCUACCAAAUACCAUAAUCAAUAUGACAGUCAAGAUGUGCGAAUUAAAGCAGUAACCCCACAAUAUAAUAAUGAAUAUAUCCCUAAAAGCAUUGCCGAAGAAGAAAGCCUAAAAGACAACUCGCUGAGCUCAGAAGAGGCUCCUUUAGAUACGGAAAAUGAAAAUAAUUAUUCCACCAUUGGUGACAGCGGCAUCGAAGUUACGAACCUAACAGAAAGUGACAUUUCCAGAGAACUCUGUAAUGCAGAAAUAAUGAAUGUUUUACAAAAGCCCAGGGUGGAAAAAGAAACCCUAAAGGAAGGAACUUUAAACCUUAAUGAUCUAAAUUUAUAUGCAAAAAGGGAACUCGAUUCUGUUUUUAGGGAAAUUUUAGGAGAGGAAAUGGAAGAGAGUGGUAUUAUGGACAGCUACUUCGAAGAUAUUGAAAAUGAAUUUCCACCAGAUGAUGAGUCAGAUCAGAAAGAUAAAUUAAUGCAUUCGGAUGAUUCUACUGCAUUAAUGGACGCUUCACCUAAAGAGAGUGGCGAAGAAGUCGGCCGAAAGCAGAUGGCACUGGGCUUGGAAGAAUCUUACCCAGUUGAAGAAAAAACAGUUGGUACUAAUCAACAUUUAGAUAAAAUAAAUCAAAGUACAAUUCCAGAUAAAGCACACGACCUAAAAGCUCCUAAAGAUAAGGCCCAUGUAGAUUGUGCAGAAUUCUAUAAUUCAGAUGACAGCUCUAGAGAGAUAUCAAUGGAGAACUUCGACAUAUACAACUUCUUGCACGGAAAGGAAAGUACAUCUGAAAAUGAAAAUUUGGCCUCAAAUGCUUUUACUGACGAAUUUAAAGCGAAAGAAGCUUUAAAUGAAAAAACUUUCGACUUGACAGAAGUCAACUGUGUCGAAAAGGCAAUUGAUGCUGCUGUGCAGGGAAUUUUGAAUGCAACGAAAGUAGGAUGCGUCCCAUCGAAGUUAUUUGGGUCUCCGACUACAAUAGAGAAUGAAGUAGCUAUUUCUGAUAAAGAACAUAACGAGAUUCCAACGAAAAAGCUGGAUAAAUCAAAAACUGAAACCCCAAACGAUAUAGUUUCACAACUGAAUAAAAUGGUCAAUGUUGCUGAAUUGGAUCAAAUGGAUGAGAAAAUUCAUAAAGAGUCCGAAUAUGCGGAUAAGGUUAAAGAUUCAGAUAAAAGUACUGACGUAAAUGAUAAUGAAAACUUCCCAUUGCACAACAAUUUAAAUGAAUUAUCACAAGGAAUUGGUAUUUUCAACAUUCAUGAUGAAUCUUCAUGUACAAAUGGUAUGUCAGAUGAUUUUAAUCCAAAUGCAUUAUAUACGCAAUUCGCCGAUUUUGGUGGCAGGACAUUAACAUCUUAUCGAUUAGAGGAAGACACAUCGUUGAAGAACUUGAAUCUAGACGAUCUCUUAGUUGGUGAUGACGGACAUACAGAAAUUGAGAAUUUCGAUAUUGACGAAAUUUUGAAUACCUUACCAAGCUCGAGUUUAGACCAUUUGAAUUCGCAAGAUAAAAGCAAAGUCGGAAAUUCUGAAGACGCAAGUCCGAGAGCAGCAGAGUCAGUUCAAAGUCCUAUAAAAAGUCAACUUUUUGCAGAAGAACUAUUGAAUGAGGAACCAGAAGAUUGGGAAACCUCAAAAGCUUUAGAUGACUACUUAGUAUCCCAAGGUUUCAAAGUAAAGUGUAAUUCACCAGCGGCACCAGAUAUAUCAGAUUACAGUGAUAGUAGCUCUUAUGAGUUAAGUGAUUUCUCCGACGAUAAAGAAGGCAAUUAUAGUUUAAAUGAUUUAUUAAACGCGCGAUAUAAAACUGUAAAUUCUGAAUGUUUCGCCAAAGAGGGAAAUAAACAAGAGAUAAGUUCAGCUUUAUGUGAAAAUACAUCUGACAAAGAGAUUUGCGUCAACACAACGUCAACCGAGAUGAAACGACUGUCUAAUGCCGAAGAUUCCGAUUCACUUAGCUAUGCGUCUUCCAUAUCGGAAAUCUCAAGCUUUGAGAAAAUGUCCAGUGAAAGUUUUUCUGCUGCCGAAUCAGUGGCCGCCAUCAACCAGGAGAGAGAGUCAAUGCAAGUAAAUAAUGUUAAUUGUGAAGUUGAAGGAUCUUCCCAUGAAUUGAAUGAAGAAAUGCAAACAACUGCAGGCACUCCACAACUACCCCAUCAACAAGAGCAGGAAGUAGAAGCGAUUGAUAAUUCUCCAGAAUGCGAGCUUGGUUUGGAAAAACAACGGACAGCCGCUAUAGAGAAAGAUGCCGGCGAUACCUCCGACAGUAGUUCCAGUUCCACAAGUGGUUCAUCAAUCUCAUCUCAAAAUAAAAGCGAGAGCGACAAUUUGUCUAUAACCGAAAUGAAGAGCAGCGCAAAUGAGCAAGGAAUUUUGGCAUUAUUUGCUCAGAACUAUACCGCCAACCCAUCAGAGUUUAUAGAAAAAUUCAAUUUGCUGGAUGCUGAAUCGGAUCAAAUAAGUUCAUCUGCCGACCGAGUCCGUCCAAAAAAAUCUAAGCGCAUUGGCAAGAAAUCACAUCAUAAAGAAUCUAUGGAAUCAAACGAGAGCUUAUCGGCAUCAAGUGGUACUGAAGAUUCCAACUCGGAUGAUGAUAUUAAUGUGGAGGCAAUUAAAAUACGGGCCCAAUAUCAUGAUGGGCGUGACUUUUACGAAGAAGAUCGACUGAUAGACUACGAUAAUUCAAAUUUAGUAUUCGCAGUCGCGCCACUAGACAAGGACAAGCUCCACGGCUACACAAAACUCUUUAAUGCCAUUGUCGAUAUGAUGGAGGUGGCACCAUAUAGAUUCAUGUAUGAAGUCUCAACCUUGCGGUAUCCAAUAUUGGCAAUAACCUAUUUGCGAAUUAUAGCUGGCAGUGAACACCAGAGGGGUAAACGCAUUUUGGAGAGCCUACUGUGGCACUUUGAUGAAUCGUAUACGGGUCGAAUAGAUAAACUCAAAGAAAUACAAGCCCCGGAAGAGUUGACACAGAGAGCUCGAAACAUAAUCAGUGGAUCCGAAAAAGUGAAAAUCUAUAUGUCCCACAAUUCAUAUCGCUACUGUCUGUUUCAUAUGCAGAACUGGGAGCUCUCGCAACGGGAACUACUUGCCAUGCACUGCGAUCUGAUUACCUAUAAGGACCCGGAUGUACCAAAGCAUCGACCACGCAUAGGUGCGGGAACUCUACCUACGAUGUUCUAUGCAGUCCCCGAACCCCCCCACAAAAAGGAGACCCAUCGUCAAAUCCUUCGCGGUCGGCGUUAUCGCAGAAACGAGCCGCUGCCUCCCGUAAACGAACACUUGCCCGUGGGAGAUCGCGUCUUUAUUCCCAUACCCAAACGAAUGGAUCUGUUGCGUCUGCGGAAUGAUGAACGUAACUGUGUUACGCUGAAUCGGAAUAGUCUGCCCUCAGUCUAUAUGUAUUCAGUGGAGAAUAGUGAGUCUGAGAAGGUCCUUUGCGCAGCGUUUUCGGAGAACGAUACCAUGCUGGGAAUUGGAACCUUAUCUUCAAACAUCCACAUAUACUCAUUGACACCCUCUAAGCUGGUCCAGCUGAAAUCAGCCUGUUGGCUUAAGGUGCUCGACACUGGCAUGGCGGGCGUUGACAAGAACAUGCUGGAGCCCGAGACGAAGAACACACGGCGCACAAUGUGUGGCCAUCAGGGGCCAGUGUAUGGCUGCGUCUUUUCCCCGGACAACCGGUUCAUUCUGUCCUGCUCAGACGAUCGCACUGCUCGUCUAUGGUGCCUUCUCUCCUGGACCUGUGUAGUCAUCUAUCCAGGCCACAUGUCCUUCGUUUCCUGCAUAAGUUAUGCCCCCUAUGGAUAUUACUUCGCCACCGGCUCCAACGAUCGCACCGCUCGCAUCUGGACGCAGGACAGAACCCAAUCGGUGCACGUGCUUAGCGGGCAUCUCGGCGAUGUAACUUGCUGCAUCUUCCAUCCCAAUACGCACUACCUGGCCACAGGAUCGGAGGACUGUACAGUACGCAUUUGGGAUAUUACUCGGGCUGUGCAGAUUCGUUUGCUCAUCGGACACAAGGACGUGGUGAGGUGCUUGGCAUUUUCGAAGUGUGGACGUUUCUUGGUAUCUGGCGCCUUCGACAGCUAUGUGAUUGUAUGGGACACGGCCAUGGAGAGACUGGCCAGAUGCUUGUCCCACCACACAGCUGUGAUCAAGACAAUCGAAUUCUCGAUGGACAACAAUAUCUUUUUGGUGGGUGGUCACGACGGCUUACUUAGCAUUUGGGACUUUGCUGCCAUUGUUAAGGACUAUGAGCCACCGAAGCUGAAUCACAAGUAUUGGCGCAGCUUCUUGGAGCUUGGGGAAGAGCCAGAUCCCAAUUAUUCCUUGACUAACGAUGAAGUAUUCGUCAUCUCAUAUCCCGCCAAGAGUGCGGUUUUCUGGAAAAUCCGUGUAACCCGUAGAAACUUUGUCUUAGCUUGUUCUAGUGGCAUAAAGGAGCCCGAGAAGGUCGCCAAGGAGGGUGUUACGGCGAAAAAGGAGAGCAAAUAUACCGACUGGUUGACGCAUUUAGACAUCAUGAAACUUAAGGCUUGUUUUGAGGAAACAGCUGAGGCCAAGCCCACACAGCAGCAUCAGCCUGAACUUUCAAAGAGUUCAGAAGAGCUAAAUGACUUGGAAAAAAUCUUCCAGCAAUAUGAAGAGUGAAGCAUCAACUGAAGAAUUGUUGCCAAAAAGAAAGCCAAAAUAAGUGACUAAAUUCCUAAUCCAAAUUGUUUUAGUUGUUGGUGUACAAGUAUACCUCCUAACUACAAUAAAUACAACAUAUGCCUAGAACUUUUGUAAAUUUAGUUUUGCGUUUCUAAGAGUCUACGAUUUUAGAUGUUAUUCGAAGCGUCAAAAUAGCACUUAAUACUUGAUUUAUACGAGUUUAUU